AUUAAUCUGAAGAAAUAUAUUGUAUGGUAAAGCUUUUGACAGGUUACCAACCUUCUGAACACCCAGAGAGCAUUUAAUUUUCAUCUGAUCAGAAGCACCUAAUGUCACUGUACAUAGUAAAAUGGAAACUCUAAGACAAAGUUUUGGCAUUUGUGUUACCUCUACAUAUCGUAUAACAUCCUGUAUGUUGUUCACCACGCUUCUAGUUUCUUGCUGCUCAUCUCUGAACAUAAGAGCUCGUCCACUUCUUUCUAAUUCACCUUUCCUUUCUAUCUGGAACGCUCCUACAGAGCUUUGUACUGAAAGGACAGGAGUGCAGCUGGACAUGAAUUUUUUUUCUCUCAUUGGAAGCACACUGAAGACAUCCAUUGGGCAAAACAUUACUCUCUUCUACCCAGACAGGCUCGGCUACUAUCCUUACAAAAAUGAAAUCACAGGAGAGGCGUUCAACGGAGGACUCCCCCAACUGUCACUGCUGGACAAUCAUUUAAACAAAGCCAAAGAGGACAUCCAGUUCUAUAUUCCUUCAGAUGAAGAGUUUGGAUUGGCUAUCAUUGACUGGGAAAACUGGAGACCUAUGUGGAUAAGAAACUGGGGAAUGAAGGAUAUUUAUAGACAGGAAUCCAUUGAACUGGUUCAGCAGAGAGACCUCAGUCUAUCAGAAGCCGAGGCCAGGACUAUAGCUAAAAUGGAAUUUGAAGCUGCAGCAAAAUUAGUUAUGUUGGAAACUUUAAAGCUGGGUGUAGAAAUGAGGCCAAAUCGUCUGUGGGGAUAUUACCUUUAUCCAGACUGUUAUAACUAUGAUUACAAACAAAACCCACAGAAUUAUACAGGAACCUGUUUAGAUAUUGAAAUAGAAAGAAAUAAUGAGCUUAACUGGUUGUGGGAGGAGAGCACAGCACUUUAUCCAUCUGUCUACCUAGAGACAGCCUUAAGAUCUUCCAGAAAUGCCCGAUUCUUUGUUCGCAACAGAGUUCAAGAAGCCAUCAGAAUUUCACAUGUAUCUAAUUCUACUCAUCCCCUUCCAGUUUUUGUAUAUACACGUCCAGUAUUCACAGAUGUCCCUGAGGAAUACCUCUCUCAGGAUGAUCUGGUAAACACCAUUGGAGAAUCUGCUGCACUGGGUGCUUCUGGAAUUGUGAUCUGGGGUGAUAUGAAUUUAACACAAAAUAAGAACACCUGUAGGACUCUGGACAACUACCUGAAGAGGACUUUGACCCCGUACCUCAUCAAUGUCACGAUGGCAGCUAGAAUCUGUAGCCAAGUCCUAUGCCAAGACUCUGGUGCUUGUGUACGGAAAAAAUGGAACUCCAGUGACUAUCUUCACUUGAACCCUGAGAAUAUUGUCAUUCAAAUGACAAAGGAUGGAAAAUACACUCUGCAAGGGCAACCAACGUUUCAGGAUCUGCAAAUGUUCAUAGAAAAAUUUGAUUGUCACUGUUAUGCAGGGCACAGUUGUGAACCUAGAGUUGAUAUAAAUGACAUCGAUUACCUCCAUGUUUGCAUUUCAAAAGAUAUUUGCAUUCACAUAUCCUCAAAUUCACUUUCUAAUAUAGAAGCCUCUGAAGAAAAGAUCCUGUCUAACAGAACUGUAUUUUCACUUACCUCUCAGAGUAAGGCAACGUUAUCUACGCAUCCUGAAACAGAAGGCUUUCAGUCUACCUUCAGAACAAUUGCAGAAUAUAACACUCUCACAGCUGCUACAGGAUAUGAUUUAGAAGCAAAUCAUACUCGUACUUGCAGCAGUUCUUCAUCCUGUAAAAUAAGGAUGAUUCAUCUGUGUUGUUUAAUUAUAAUUUUUAGAACCUUAAUAUAAAUAACCCAUCAGAGUGAGAAUAUUCUUUC